AUGCCACACGACACUCAGUGUAUUUGUCAAAUAUGUAUAUGCGACAUCGCUGCCCAAACGAUCGAAAUGCAAGCUCGAUUUGCAUCGGAACCUCAAAUCAAAAUACUUUUUAUAAAAAUGCAAAAUAUUAUCAGUGAAAAGCAACGCGAACAAUCAGAAACAUUUGCAGCAGCAAAUGGAAAUGCAAAUUUGGCGCAACUUCAUACAAAUACAGAAGCAAAGACGACAAAUGAUAUGCGUAUAACAUGGAGUAUUUUGCGACGUCGCAAUUAUGAAUCCUCGAUUGUUUUCGGAAAUGUCGAGGACAACAAUCUUGUGCAGCCAAAAAAACGAGGCAGAGAAAAUGGCGUUGCUUUGAUCGACCAAAAAUUAUCAUGUCGGCAGUCCCGGGAAUAUGAAGAUGCUUUAAAUGGUGACAAUAAGCGUAUGAUUAAAGUUGGAAGACGAAGAGAUCGUUCCGCUGAAACACGUGAUAAUAUCGGCUUGAUUUUGCAACCUAUCGAUAAAAGCAUGAAGUAUUCAAUAAAAAGCGUAUAUAAUGAUGAUUACAAAGGUAGGGAUGGGGAUCGAUUUGACAGUUCAAAAUCAUUUGGUUCGAAUGUUUGGAAGGAUACAGAUUCUGACAUCAUUCAAGGUGACGGGAAAUUCAUCGGAGAAUCUCAAACAAAAGCUGAAUUUACGCCAAAGAAAGGCGAACGUUAUGAAAUUACACGACCACAAACUUCUGAUCUAUGGAAGGGAAGCGGACAUCCCGAGGAUGAGACAACAAGAAAUCACGAUAACAGAAGAAAAAGAGGUGAACGCCUUUCAUCAAUAACACAAAAAAAUACUGAUAUAACUUCUGACAACAAAACAUCCCUGCCAGAAAUAUAUACCAGAACCGAACACAGUGCAAAAACUGGCAAGCGAUACGGCGUCAAACAACCAACUGAUUCAACAAUAUGGAAGGGUGAUGGGUCAUUCAUAUCAGAAACGCAAACUGCUACCGAGUUUACAGCGAAGAAAGGUGAACGAUACGAUGCAAAACGUCCCGUUGAAUCUGAAUUAUGGAAGAAAGAAGGGCAGAUGGGUAGUGACACUGUUUCUCAUCAAGAUUACGUCAAUAGGACAGGAGAACGAUAUCCGGUAACAAAACCACAAGAUUCUGAUCUUUUGCAUGGUGAUGGAUCAUUCAUGUCAGAAACGCAAACUGCUACCGAGUUUACAGCGAAGAAAGGUGAACGAUACGAUGCAAAACGUCCCGUUGAAUCUGAAUUAUGGAAGGUUUGUUCGGCUUCAUUUUAG